CCGAAUCUAUAAUCGUCCAACGGUGAAUGCGUACGUGAACACAGGCACACCAUCUUCCAGUCAAUGGCUUGAUUACUCGCGAAUGCCAUCUCUUCCGCGGUUACGUUCAGCGCGCGCCCACCAUCUCCAACCGGUCUCGGGGGACACGAACAAACGGCAAUGGAGUCUAGAAUAGUACCGUUUCCUAACUUACGCCAUCAGAUAUGACCUGAAUCUUUCUCUUUCGCUUUCUCUCUGUCGGACUCUGCCUCGCAAGCUGCGGGAUUGCCUCCGGACAAUCCGCUUUCGCUGUCGAAAUGGGUCAAGGGUACUCGAUGACAACGCUGUCCGCAGCGUCAGCCAGUAUCGAUGUUCCUGAACUGGCAGACCUUGUCCAUGAGAAGACCCUGGCUUCAGCUCGGUUUAUGAAGAGUGUUAGAGCUCGGAGUCAGCAAGGCUUUGUCUUCGUCAAGGCCGUCAUGAAACCUUAUUCUUCUUUUCAGGUCCAAGAAUAUGUGCGCCAAAUCAUCGAAGAACGAAACAUACUGGCAGACAUACCCAAUGCUUUGGGCUAUCAGAGGAUCGUCGAAGUUGGAAGCGGAGGGUUUCUUGUCCGACAAUACAUGUUCAACUCAGUCUACGACCGGAUCAGCACACGUCCGUUCCUUGAAGACAUCGAAAAGAAAUGGCUAGCCUUUCAAUUGCUGUGCGCUGUCCGCGAUUGUCAUGCGAGAAACGUCUACCAUGGAGACAUCAAGACAGAGAAUCUGCUGGUCACGUCCUGGAAUUGGCUUUACCUUACCGACUUCUCGUCCUCUUUCAAACCUACCUACCUCCCCGAAGACAACCCGGCCGACUUUUCCUUCUACUUCGACACAUCCAGCCGUCGGACAUGUUACAUUGCUCCGGAAAGAUUUACCACUUCCACCUCUGUCGACACGCAAGACGAAUUGAACUGGGCCAUGGACAUCUUUAGCGUUGGUUGUGCUAUUGCUGAAAUGUUCCUGGAAGGGCCUAUCUUCUCCCUAAGCCAAAUCUUCAAGUAUCGGGCAGGGGAAUACAGUCCAGAACACACCCACCUCAACAAGAUCGAAGACGCCGAAGUGAAAGCCAUGAUCCUCAACAUGAUAGAGCUCGAUCCUGAGAAGCGAUACAGCGCUGAGCAGCUGCUCUCGUUCUACCGAUCCAAGAUCUUCCCAGACUACUUCUACAGCUUUCUUCAUCAGUACAUGUUAGACCUUACCAGACCCUCAACCGCCUCAAAGCCUGUGGAACUGGAUGCUGGAAGCCUUGCUGAAUGUGACGAGAAGAUCAACCGAGUCUACUACGAUUUCGACAAGAUCUCGUUCUUUCUAGGAUAUGGCCCAAGUCCUGCGAAGCAGUCGUCCAAAUCACCCUUGACACUUCGAUCGAGCAAUCGAGUCAAGUCAUCAGAGGCCGACCCCUCAUUGUACGACGGAAGUUUACUAUUUCUCACUCUAGUGGUUUCAAGCAUGAGGAACACUGCCAAAGCCUCAGCGAAGCUCAAAGCGUGUGACCUGCUAGUUGCCUUCGCAGAACGACUUCCGGACGAGGCGAAGCUCGACCGUAUUUUACCUUACAUCAUCGGCUUACUCUCGGACAGUUCGGACGUUGUCGUGGCAGCAGGGAUCUACGCGAUGACUUCAAUCUUCGAGAUGAUCGAAGUAGUCUCCCCAAUAAACGCCUACAUCUUUCCCGAAUACAUCUUUCCCAGGAUGCGGCAAUUUAUUCUGGGACCUACAACUCAGCCGAGCGUACUUGUUCGUUCUGCUUAUGCUUCAUGUCUUGCGUCAUUAGCACUCUCUUCUUUGCGCAUCCUUGACGUGGUACAUGCCAUUCGUGCUGAUGGCAGAUUGCCUGCUCUGCGCGAGGACGAACUGGCUCCGGAGUCAUCAUAUCAUGGACUUUACGAUAUAGCAAGAGCAGAACUAGUACCGCACUUCGAAGAGUCAACCGUCGCCCUCAUCACAGAUCCAGAACCAUCCGUUCGGAGAGCUUUGCUUGGUUCAGUCUCCCGGUUAUGCGUCUUCUUUGGGAGUCUCCGGGCUAGCGAUGUCAUCCUACCUUAUCUCAACACCUACUUGAACGAUAAGGACUGGAUCCUCAGAUGCUCCUUCUUCGAAGCACUUGUUGGUGUUGCUUCAUAUGUCGGCACAUCAAGCCUCGAGAAAUUCAUCCUUCCAAUCAUGGUCGGUUCUCUGACCGACUUGGAGAGCUUUGUGAUUGAGAAAGUCUUCCGAUCGUUGGCUCGAAUGGCAGCUUUGGGUCUCUUGCAGAAGUCCACGACCUGGGAGCUUGUCAGCAUUGCUGCAAGGUUUAUUGUCCAUCCGAGUGUUUGGGUUCGCGAGAGCGCCGUGCAAUUUAUUGUGCUAUCAGCAAGAUACAUUUCUGCGGCUGAUCAAUACUGCAUCGUCCUGCCAAUGAUUCAACCUUUCUUGAAGAGCAGAACCCAUAUAAUUUCAGAGGAGCGCAUCCUCGACAACCUGAAGCGACCACUUCCUAAGAUCGUUUUUGAUGCGGCUGUAAAUUGGGCAGCAAGGAAGGGGAAUAGCCUGUUCUGGACUGCCGCAAGCCGCGAUGGUGCAUUGACAUUAUCAGACUCUGCAACGCCACAAAACCCUUCAGUAUUGACAAAGAGAUUAUUAACACGAAUACCACCUUCGCAAAAGGACAAGGAUGACCAAACUUCCCUUGAAACCUUGAAGAACCUGGGCAUGACACCAGAUGACGAAAUCAAAUUGCUCGCGUUGCGCGAGUACAUACUAAAAAUAUCCAAACACAAGCCGGCUGAGGAUGUGAACCAGAGACACAUUAUGCUGAACAACAUUUUGGCGCUGAAUCAGAUCAACGUGACACCACAGAAUGUCUUCUUUGAUCAGCGUGAAGCUCUUCGCGAAAUUAAGAGUCGAUCAAGUUUGGUCCAGAAGAAGAGUCGGAAGGACGAGCGACAUAGCUUGACAGAUGCUCUGUUGGACGCAUCCACAAGCAUUGAUGACCAAGCAGCGAAACGAAGAUCACUCUCCGAUGUCAGUAGCGGGACGCAGACGCCCUCCACCAGACCGAUUGACAUUCACCACCGAGCAGCAACUCUCCGCACUGACAUUGCGCCAUCCAUCAGUAUUGAGAGGGCAAGCGGCUCUUCAAAGCCCAGCGGCUCAAAUGGUACCGGAUCGCCUAUAGAUAGGUUGUCAUUGCGGCGUAACAAGCCACUUGAGCUGAAACAUCGGAAUAGCGGCCUCAACUUGAUGAACCGAACAGAUUCUGCCAAAGCGGAUGCCGAAAUUUCGACGACCUCAGAGACUGCUUUUGGAAGAGUCGACGGGCCAUUGCACCGCAAGAGCACGGCUGGGCCGUCUGCAUUAAGUGUUGCUGCCAAUGCCGUAGCCAAUUCAAGGUCUGUAUCUCCUCGAAGUGGUGGGUCGCGCACGCCACUCUACGAGCCAAAUCAUUCCUAUGCGGGAAAUGAUCCUAAUAUUUUGCGACUGCUUGAUCAUCAUUUCGUUGAAAAUUUCCCUGUUGAUCAGAUGGACUUCGGCCCCAAUCGACCUUUUGCGGACAGCAAGACACCCAUCAGAAGAGCUACGGAUGUUUUCCAGCAGAACACAGGCCGAGUAGCUCAACAGGAGCUUACUUUCCGUGCUGAGCCCUGGCGUCCGGGAGGCCAGCUUGUCACCCAAUUCUCGGAGCACACUGCAGCUGUCAAUCGUGUCUGUGCCGCUCCGGAUCAUGCUUUCUUCGUGACCGCUUCGGACGAUGGCACCUGCAAGGUGUGGGACACCAUUAGACUAGAGAAGAAUGUGACCCCACGGUCAAGAUACACCCAUCGGCAUGCAGAAGGCGCAAAGGUCAAAAGCCUUUGCUUUGUCGAUAGCACCCACACAUUCCUCAGUGGUGCUGAUGAUGGCAGCAUUCACGCUGUUCGCGUGGAUUACAAGAGUGUGGAUGGCGGCGAGAGCUCUAGAUAUGGCAAGCCUAUUCUUGUCAGAGAUUACCAGAUACCUGGCCAGAAAGUCUUCGAGAACCUCAGCAGCACUCGGGAAGCUGCUGCGCUCUCUAAGCCAGAGCACGCCGUCUGGCUUUAUCACUAUCGGACACAGUCCUUGCAGUCUAUCCUCCUCGCUGCCACCAGUGAGUGUAGGGUCUUGGCCAUCGACCUGAAGAAUAUGGAGAUCAUCCACAGCAUGGAAAAUCCUGCCCACCAUGGUACGCCAACCACAUUCUGCGUCGACAAGAAACACCAUUGGCUACUGUUAGGGACAAGCCACGGGAUUUUGGAUCUUUGGGACCUCAGAUUCAAAUUGAGGCUAAGAAGUUUCGGCACUCAAACAGACUCCAGGAUUGAUCGACUGCUCAUUCAUCCAACAAAAGGACACGGACGUUGGGUCAUGGCUAGCACGGGUGGCGAAAUCAGUGUCUGGGACAUCGAGAAGCUGGUCUGUCGAGAGGUUUGGAGACCCAGCACCUCCUCACCUGGAGCGAGUAUGCGUCCCUAUGAGACAUGGUCUCCUGAUGAAGAGAACAGCGAGAAGGUUCUUUCGCGCUUCGCUCAUCAGCCUCCUGAGGACAACCCCCCCGCUGGGCCACUGCUGCGACCUAAUCUCGCCAAUGGCUCGCCUGUCAAGUCCAGAUCCUCAAGUGACAACGAAGCGACAUCGUCCCGCCUCCUCUCGUCCACGCCCUCAAUGCCGGCAGUGUACAUCCUGCAUGACUACCUGCUCAAUCCAUCCCAGCCAGACAACCCGUACAAACACGCUCUACUGUUCACAGGCGGCGAUGAUCGUGAUCUGCGCUAUUGGGACAUCCAGCGGCCUGAGAACAGCUUCAUCAUUUCCGGACCAGAGCUCCAUAACGAUGAUGCGACGGCCAUGAAGAUCAAAUACGAGCUGACUUAUCCUCUGGCAUUGAGUGCUGGAGCUCAGAUCGCCCUGAUCCAGGAGAAACUCAGCGAUGAAGCAUCCAGCGGAGGCGCAAGUAGUCGGGGGACACCGAAGAAGCCGUCGCGCUCUAUCAGGGAUCAAGAAGGCAAUGCGAGAACAAGCAGUCCGGCGUCAACGUCUGCAAGUUCGCCGUCAAAGACUUCUUCGGCGUCGUCGUCCAAACCACCGCGCAGCACGGUUAUCAGCGGUGCGCAGCAGCAAAUUCUCCGUACGCACAUGGAAGGGAUUACAGAUGUCAUUGUGCUGAGAAAACCAUACGGGUGUGUGGUCAGUGUUGAUCGAGCCGGGACAAUCUUUAUAUUCCAUUGAACGACGGAUACUGUUCGUUGGCGGCGAUGGAUGCCAAAGCAACGUUGUACGUGGAGGGCCAGCAAAUCACCUGGAUUUCCUGCAUAGAGAGGGAUUUGAAGACCAUAGUGGGCGGCGUCCUUCCCCUGAUAGAUUCGGUUCAUACCAAAUCAAACUAGCCUUGUAGCAUGCCCUCUUCAG